AUGUUUUUGCAAACUUUAUUGAAAUUUUAUAGUGGUUUUGCGGAAUUUAGUGGAAUUAUAGUAAAGAUUUUAGCUUUACUGACUUUAGCGGAAUUAUCGAGCAUUGAUCCUGAUGAACUUUGCGAUAAUACAGUCAGAACUCUGCAAGUACCAUGUACGCCCUUCUUGAAUGCGCAUUCUCAAGGCUUUAAUACAACCUACAAAAUGUACAGACUUUAG